CCUACUCAGUCUCCACCGGCUCUCCCAACACGAGUUAAUGGGCGCAGGGAACUCUGCUCCCUUCCCCCCGGAAAGGACGGCGGCCAAGUAGGGCGGGGAGGGGUGGCUGGGGCGGGGGUGUCAUUUCCUGAAAGCUACUCAGAAAAUGUUCCAGAAGAGGUUCGACGGACGCUCAAAAGUAUUUGGCCACAGCUCCCGGCUAGCAGAGGUAGACGGGCAGGUAGCACAACGAGCCCAGCUCUCGAAAUUCCUGGGCGAAUCCUUCCAAGGAUUGUAACAGUGCCUCAAGAGUGCUGAUGAAAGCAGAUAUGAAGGCGGCGGGGGACUUCAGCAAGCUCUGGCUUUGCUUAUGCCACAUUUCCAUCUUGGACUGCCACUGGGAGACUGCCUCUAUGAAGCUGGAUUUGUAAUGGGUUCUAUGUAUAACACGUUUGUACAAACCUUUCUGCUGAAAAUGGAGAAUGUAACAUUUGAGAAAGCUGGAGCCAACAAUUCAAACUUAACUGUUGAAGUGACAACGACCAGCCCUUACAAGACUGUUGAGAUUGUCUUCAUUGCUGUUGUCACUGGAUCCCUGAGCUUGGUCACAGUGGUGGGGAACAUAUUGGUCAUGCUAUCCAUCAAAGUUAAUCGCCAAUUACAGACUGUUAACAACUACUUCCUAUUCAGCUUGGCAUGUGCCGAUCUGAUCAUUGGAGUCUUUUCCAUGAACUUGUAUACUGUCUACAUUAUUAAAGGCUACUGGCCUCUGGGAGCUGUUGUCUGUGACUUGUGGCUAGCUUUGGACUACGUUGUGAGCAAUGCUUCUGUAAUGAACCUUCUGAUUAUCAGUUUUGAUCGAUACUUCUGUGUUACAAAGCCACUGACCUAUCCUGCUCGAAGGACCACCAAAUUGGCUGGGCUGAUGAUUGCAGCAGCUUGGAUACUCUCCUUCAUCUUGUGGGCUCCAGCCAUCCUUUUCUGGCAAUUCAUUGUUGGUGAGCGUAAGGUGAAAAAAGGACAAUGCUACAUUCAAUUUUUCUCCAACCCUGUUGUGACCUUUGGCACAGCCAUUGCAGCGUUCUACCUUCCAGUUGUCAUCAUGACUGUUUUGUACAUCCAAGUCUCCUUUGCCAGCAGGAGUAGAAUGAAAAGUCAUAGAACAGACAGUCAGAAGGAGAAUACUUCUCGAUCUUCCAAUUUCUUCAAGAGUCACUUCAGCAAACAACAGAAUAACAAUUCUCCCAAGCCAGCAACAGACUCCUCCAGUGACACUGUGAGGAAUGGAAAGGUAGAGGAAAAGCCCUCCACAAAACAGGUGUCUCUGAGCCAUCGUGAGGAGAAGGAGACCUCCAAUGAGUCCAGUUCAGCCAGCACUGUCCUACCCAACCUCAAAGAGAAAGGCACCAGUGACGUCAUACAGCAUGCACAAGUCCCAAAGCUGUCCAAAAUGCAGAGCUCCAAAUGGUCAAGGAUCAAGAUCGUCACCAGACAGACUGGCAAUGAAUGUGUCACUGCCAUCGAGAUCAUGCCUGGAAAUGCAACCAACAACACAGCUGCCAACAAGCCCGGCAUUGUCGCCAGGAAAUUCGCUAACAUUGCAAGGAGCCAAGUGCGAAAGAGACGCCAGGUGGCCGCCAGGGAGAAAAAGGUUACGCGGACAAUCUUUGCAAUCCUCCUGGCGUUUAUAUUCACCUGGACUCCUUACAAUGUCAUGGUUCUCAUCAGCACCUUCUGUGAUGACUGUGUCCCUGAGACUGUUUGGGUCAUUGGGUACUGGCUGUGCUACAUCAACAGCACCGUCAACCCAGCAUGUUAUGCCCUCUGCAACAUUACCUUUAAGAAAACUUUCAAACACUUGCUAUUGUGCAAAUACAAGAACAUUGGCAAUGCAAGAUAAAGUGAA